AUGACUGGACGACCUGCAUUCAACGAGUUGCCUCUCCGGAGCGGUGACCCAAAAUACUCAGCUUGGGGUCUCUGGGGACACAACGACGAACUGGGAACCCUCAAUCAUUUGUCGCCUACUGUUACAAAGGAUGCUGUCAAAGACAUUGUUACCGGGCAGCACAUCUCACUCAAUUUGUCAAUCGAUGCCUUCAAACAGCCUAUGAACCCCGUGCGAAAGCCAUGCCGACACCACAUAAUUGCCAAAGGACACGCCAAUGACGACGAGCUUCACAUCAACACUCAAGGCUCCAGUCAUUGGGACGGUUUGCGGCAUUACCCCUACCAGGACAGUUUACUGUACUACAAUGGGGUAACACAAGAGGACAUAUCUGGAAUGACACCGAAUGACAAGAUUGGCAUCCAAAACAUUUCGAAACGCGGUAUCGUUGGAGGAGAUGAUGCAGUGGCAUUGGGAUAA